AUCUGCACGCCUCUCUACACUCGCGAAUCAUAAGACGGUCGGCGACACUGUCACUUUCAAAAGACGAGGAAAUGUGCUGACUGCACGGACUUCACUCAAGGCACCGAACACCUGCUUGAAGAUAUUGACAGCAAUUUUGAAACCUUGUGGAUUAUAUUACCUUUGUAUCCAUGCAGAAGAUGGAGGAAUCUAGUUCCCAGAGACUGGCCUGGGAUGGCGACGCCAAGGCGAUGCAGCAGUGUUUAACGGAUAUUUUUACCAGUGUCUACACCACCUGCGACAUUCCAGAAAAUGCCAUUUUUGGCCCAUGUGUUCUGAGCCACACUUCAUUGUAUGACAGCAUCGCAUUUAUUGCUCUGAAGUCCACAGACAAGCGAACCGCACCUUACAUAUUCCGGGUGGACACCUCAGCUGCCAACAGUUCUUCGGAAGGCCUGAUGUGGCUGAGGCUCGUGCAGUCGGCAAGAGACAGGGAUGAACAGAAUUUAGAGGCCUAUGUGAAGAACGGACAGCUUUUCUACAGGUCACUGAGGAGAAUAGAGAAGGAUGAAGAGCUCUUGGUGUGGUAUGGAAAAGAUCUUAUCGAGUUACUGCUCCUAAACACCGGGAGAAACCAAGUCAAAAAUAAAGGAGCUUCACCCUUUUCGUGUCCAGACUGUAGCCAGCGUUUUCAAUUCGAGUUUCCCAUUUUGGCUCAUCUGAGAUUCCGUUGCACUAAGAGACUACAAAGCAUGGCCAGCCCAGAAGAGGAGGCCAAAGAUGCCAGCGACCAGGCUAGUCUACCUCCUGCCAGGUCCAGUCCCAAGCUGGGCCGAUCCGAUGGCUUUUCCAAUCCACAGGACGGAAAGCCAUCCACUGACUUUCAUAAUCUUGCCAGGGAUUUAGAGAAUAACAGAACCAGUCCACCGAGCGACAAAGAGGCAGAAAUCCUGAGCGAGAACUCAGGAAAGCGCAAGUUCUCUGACAUGGAGGACAGCAGGAACAGUGGAUUAUCCCAGCCUCUCAAGUCCAAAGAGGAGCUGGCCAACUCGGCACAGCAGUACCGUGGAGCGUACGGUCUGGAAGAGAGCAGGCGGGCCUUUUCUCCUCCUGUUUCGGAGCCGAAAGAAACCAAGAGAAGCGCCUUUACAGAGGUCAAGAAGUCCUCUCAGAGCUUGAAGCACAGUGGCAAAAACUCCAGCUCCAACUCUGAGAACAAGGAGGCUGGCCGGCCCAGCAGCAACCCGAUUGAUAAACACCUAAACAUCAGACAGGUUCUUAGCGAGACUCAGCCCCCGCAGUCCCGAAUGGGGACCUCAUCAAUUGGCAGCGCUUUCACUUCGGUGCCCCAGCAUGGUGGUGGAGGAUCGGAGAGAAAGAGUGCCUUUAGCCAGCCGUCUCGCACCUUCUCGCAGCUAUCACCUCUUGUCAUGGCACCUAAGCUUCUGUCGGCGGUAGACUGUCAUCCUGCAGUGGGCGACACUGUCUCUUCCAGUAGACUCUACCAGGCAGACCACCUCGCCGCGAAGCUCCAAGGCUCAGAACUAGGCAGCAACUGCCCCGUGCCGGGUGGGAUUGGAAAACAGAACCCUUUCCUUUAUGCCACAGCCUUCUGGCCCAAGGCCUCAGCCCCCAUCCAGCUGCAGAUGCCCUCUGCUCUUACACUUCUGCCCCCUUCAUUCACUUCUCUUUGCCUACCUGCCCAGAACUGGUGUGCCAAGUGCAAUGCUUCCUUCCGCAUGACCUCUGACCUAGUCUACCACAUGCGCUCGCACCACAAAAAAGAGUACGCUAUGGAGCCUCUUGUUAAAAGAAGGAGAGAGGAAAAGUUAAAGUGUCCGAUCUGUAACGAAUCUUUCAGAGAGCGGCACCACCUUUCCCGGCACAUGACCUCUCACAACUGAGGAUUAAUUCUACUACAUCUUUAUCUUUUGCUCCAUUCAUUUUUUUCUUGGAGAAGAAGUUCCAAUUUUGUAUCAAAAGGGAAUAUCAGGAGGAGUAAUGCCAACACAUUUGUUCUCACUUUUAAAAAAACGUUGCUGUUUGAUUUCUUCAAAUGUCAUGUUUUUGUGUAUGGAAAAUUUUGACCUAAAAUCCUCAAAUCUAUUUAUUAUAUGAAGCACUUAUAAUUUGAAAAAAGGGACGAUAUUAAUGUAAGUGUACUUGGAAUUUUGUACAGUAUUGUAUAAUUUAUAAACCAAGUAAGAUGCAGAUCCAUUUCAUUGAGAGUUAUACAAUGAUGUGUUAUCUCUAUAAGGAUAUUGAAAACUGGGAGUAUGAUGUUGAAGUGUAUUUAAGAAUGCAUGUAAAUGAUAGUUAUUGGUUUAAGAUGCAGUCUAUUUGAAACGAUGUAAAUACUUGUUUUGUUUGAAUACAAAGCGUAAUAUUUUGUGUCUGUGGGGAAUAGAUUCAGUGUUUCUUCCUUUUGCUGAAAUUUACUAUUUGAUAGUUUAUCUAAUCAUGUUGAAUGCUUUGACAAUAAAAUAGCUUUAUUUUCA